CACCAGACCCUCAGCUGAGCCUGCUGCCCAGAGCCCCAUGAAGCUGAUAGCCCUGCAGCUGCUGCUUUGGCACAGUGCACUCUGGACGGUGCAAGACGCCAGCCCCCUGGGCCCGGCCAGUAACCUGCCCCAGAGCUUCCUGCUCAAGUGCUUAGAGCAAGUGAGGAAGAUCCAGGCUGACGAUGUGAUGCUGCAGGAGAGGCUGUGUGCCACCCACAAGCUGUGCCACCCUGAGGAGCUGGUGCUACUCGGGCACUCUCUGGGCAUCACGCAGGCUCCCCUGAGCAGCUGCUCCAGCCAGGCUCUGCAGCUGGCGGGCUGCCUGAGACAACUCCACGAUGGGCUCUCCCUGUACCAGGGCCUCCUGCAGGCCCUGGCAGGGAUCUCCCCGGACCUAGCGUCCACCCUGGACAUGCUGCAGCUGGACAUCACCGACCUCGCCACCAACAUCUGGCAGCAGAUGGAAGACCUGGGGACGGCCCCUGCCAGGCAGGCCACCCAGGGCACCAUGCCAAUCUUCACCUCGGCCUUCCAGCGCCGGGCAGGAGGUGUCCUGGUUGCCUCCAACUUACAGAGCUUCCUGGAGCUGGCGUACCGUGUUCUGCGCUACCUUGCCGAACCCUAAGCAAAACCCUCCCUAUUGCAUGUAUUUAUCUGUAUUUAAUAUUUAUGCUUAUUUAAGCCUAUUAUUUAAAGACAGGGAAGAGUGGAAAGGAGCCCCAGACUCCUGGGUCCUUCCAUCCACCUCCAAGUUUCAUUCUCCUGCCUGUAGCAAGGAGAAAAGCUCCUGUCUUCCUGUCCCCUGGACUGGGAGGUAGAUAGGUAAAUACCAAGUAUUAAUUCCUGUAACUGGUGGGCACUGGGAAGAGAUGCAGUGAACCCCCGACCCUGAGGGUACCCAGCUUGGGGCCCUUGGAAGCAUCAGGAAGUCUCCUAAGUGGGAGACAAUACAGCCCUGUUUAAUAUUUAAACAACAGUGUUCCCCGGCUGGGUCUUCGUAUCUCUCCUUCGCUCUGGCGUCAGCUUGGUGCACACGUGCCAGGUUGGCCAGGCCCUGCUUCCCCUACAUCCCCUCCCCACGGGCAUGAAGCCAGCGGGGGCAGCCAGAGCUGGGAGGCUUGACCCUGGGGUCCCACAAAUUUGUUGGGGAAUCUAGUUUUUCGUUGUAAGAUUUUUUUCGGGUGUUUUGACACCCAUGGGGAGCCCAGGCAUCACUGACAUCUCGUUUUACUGGAUGCCCUAUAGAGACACCCACAGGCUGGUGACGCCUGCCCCCCCCCGCCCCCCUCCGGAGUCAGGACUCUGACUCCUUUUAGGGCUGGGCAGAUUGGGCAGAUGGUCAUGUAUCUGCCUUGCUUAACGGGGAAUGUGGGCAGGAAAAGAUCCUGGGAGAUUAUGUGACGGAGUGUGAGAGGGAAGCUCAACUGUUCACUCUCCACCUU